UGCUGUCAGCAAUGGUUGACACAAACAGAGCUGUCAUUUGAAAGUUGACAACAAAUACAAGACAUUGGAUCCAAUCGAGUGACACAUCAUUGAGUUAACAGAGUGUCGAAAAUGUGCGACAAUUGUGAAGAACUGCGGUUAGAGAUGACGGGACUUCGGGAUCAAAGCAAUCAACUCAUCAAAGAGUUAUUGUGUGCCAAACAAGUGAUCAAAUGUCUCGAGAAGAUCAAGUGUUUGGCGAUUGUCUUGAAGACCAACUGCCGGUGCGAUCACAACAAGUCUCUUAUUAAGAGGAAUGAGUUCCUCUUCACGGACUACCGGCAGACCAAUCAGCAGCUGAUGGACAUCAACUCGGAUGAGGCCGUCAUUCACACCAUUAUCACGACCGCCGCCACCGCCGAAGAGUUGAUCACCGAUUGUCAUACAAAUGUAGAGGAGUCGAUGUCUGAACUGACAUCAGAUGUGGUGGUGUCUGAAGAACAGGUGUCAGCCAUGAAGUCGCCGAAGAGGUCGGCGCGAGUGCUGAAGAGAAUGCAAAUGAGUCCCAAAUAUGGCAAAAGUGUUGACUCGAGUACGAAGACACUGAUGACCAACAAAUCGGAAGUGAUUUUAAGUGACAACACCUUCCGGUGCGGUCUCGAGGGCUGUGAUUUCGAGUGCCGGCGAAGGAAUACCAUCGACCGACACGUGCGGUCGCACUACCAGUCCUCAGACGACGACCGGCCCUUUCAGUGCGAUGUCAACGACUGUCGCAACGCCUUCCGAUCCAAAGAGCAUUUACGUCAACACAAGCUAUCACUGCAUCCAGAAGUGCUGCCAAAUGUCAAUUGGAUUGAGUGUACGGCUCCGGGAUGUGACUACAGGACUAAGUCGAGUAAUGUGUUCUUCAAGCAUAAGCGCCGGCAUACCCUUCCCUUCGUGUGCCACCUGUGCGACCGGCGGUUCGCGACCCCCAAACCCCUGGAGGUUCACAUACGGCUGCACUCGGGGGUCAAAGAGCACGUGUGUCCGCACUGUUCCAAAGCGUACGGUCCGCGCAAGAGUCUUAUGGCACACAUCCAGCGCUCGCACAGUCAACACGUGUUUGUCUGCGAGUACGACGACUGCGACAAACAGUUCGCGUCAGAGGCACAGCUCCGACAGCAUAGGCUUAGGGUUCAUGACUCGAGUUAUGUGCGACCCGUGGCCUGCAUUUGGGUCGGAUGUGAGCGCAGGUUUGACACCAACGCUCAGAUGGAGGACCACCUCAACAAACACACCGGCGAACGCUUCCAUGAGUGCAGACAUUGCGGCCAUUCGUUCACUACUAAGGCUGACCUCUACUCCCAUGUGUCGAACCAGCAUAAGGACAGGCCGUACGCCUGCGAGUGGACGGACUGUAAAUAUAGGGCCGCUUUCAUGAGUCGGUUGAGGACUCAUCAGAAGAGACACGAAAUGCACACUAAAUGACCCCUUGGUUU